UAUGGCGGGCUAGAUGAAGAGAGAGUAACAGCAUUUCCGGAUGUUGUCAGUCGUUUGAAGGGCUUCGUUGGCAUUAAACUUCACCUUUAGCACUCAAUAUGAAGCAGGCGGUAGAAUUCGAGGAGUGCUUGAAAGACUCUCCCCGUUUCAGAUUACAGAUCGAUCAAAAUGAACAAGAUAUCAAUGUUUUGGAAGUUGCUUUAGAAAAGCUCAUCAAGCUUUGUGGUGGAAUGGUAGAGACAGGGAAACAGUUCAACUUAUCCACCAGUGCUUUAGUGAGUGGUAUUGACAACCUGACAAAGUACUUUGCAGGAGAUGAGCUGGUGUCAUUCACACUGGACAAGUUCUCUUGUGCUCUGACUGAGCUUCAGAGCUUCCUAUCAAUUCUUUUAGAGCAAGCACAAAAAUCAAUCUCAAGCACACUGAGAACUUUUAUCAAAGAGGAAGUCAAGAAGGUUAAGGAUGCUAAAAAGCUGUUUGACAAAGUCAGUGAUGAUUUGGAUAAUGCCUUGACAAGAAAUGCACAGCUUCCACAUCACUGUAAGGCCUCUGAAGUGGAGGAGGUUAAGAAUGCAGUGAAAGCUAAUCAGACAUGUUUUAACCACACAGCAUUGGACUAUGCCUUCCAGAUCAACAUUUUACAGUCACGAAGAAGGAUUGAUGUUCUAGACACUAUUCUGAAGUUUAUGCAUGCCCAGUCAACAUAUUUUCAUCAAGGUUAUGAUUUGAUGAAUGAUUUAGAUGCAUACAUGAAGAGGGUGUCAAAUCAGGUGGAAGAAGUGUCAGUCCAGUUUACAAUGGACAAAAAAGAGAUGGAAGAAAGACACACAUUGGUCCAGAAAAUGGAGGAGAGUGGAUGCAUAGGAAGAAGAAACCUGAAUGAUGCAAGUGGUUUAGUAAUGGAAGGCUACUUAUUUAAAAAGAGCAGUAAUGCUUUUAGAAGUUGGCAUAGGCGAUAUUUCACAGUUCAGAAUAACCAACUGAUGUAUCAGAAGAGAUUAAAGGAUGAUCAAACAGUACUUGUUGAAGAUCUUCGAUUGUGUAAAGUUAGGCUUGCAGAGGAAACAGUGGAAAGAAGAUUUAUGUUUGAAGUGGUAUCACCAACAAAUAUCACUAGAUCAUGGUAUUUACAAGCAGAUAGUGAAGCACUGCAAGUGGAAUGGAUGGAAGCUAUGCAGGCCAGUAUUGACAAGGCUUUCAAUAGCUCAACCAGUAUUCAAAGUAACAAUGAUAAGAGUGAUUUACAAGGGCCAGGCUCUAUGAGCAACAGUAUGGAUUCUCUCAACAAAGUUUCUGGACCAUCAAGAAGUAAUCUUGAUGUUAUUAGAGCUGUCUCUGGUAAUGACAAGUGUGCAGACUGCAGCAGCACUGAUCCGACCUGGGCAAGUACUAACAUGGGAAUUGUACUGUGUAUAGAAUGCUCAGGUAUUCACAGGAGUUUGGGUGUCCACGUCUCCAAGGUUCGCUCAUUGACCCUUGAUGCAUGGGAACCAGAGCAAGUCAAGUUAAUGACAGAAUUGGGAAAUGAAUUGGUCAAUGGAAUUCUUGAAGCAAAAGUCAACUCCCAUACAAAGAAACCAACUCCUCAAAGUAGCAGGGGUGAAAGAGAGACUUGGAUCAAGUUAAAAUAUGUACAACAUAAGUUUGUUUCCCUGGAAACCUUUCUAAAAAACUGUCAAACUUUGGACAAAGGGAUCAUUAGAAAUCUUGCAAGAAUGAAAGUUCACCACGAGGAAAGGGGCACAAAUUUGGCCGUUGAGAGAACAGACUCCAAAAAAAGUAAACUUUUCAAACGGAAACUUGCCGUGAAGUCAAAGUCAAAGAUGGACAACCGAAAGAGUGCCCCUGCUGAAAUACUCUCUGCAGAUGUAGCAAGUGAAGACUCUGAAAAGUUAGAACAUGUUGCUUCAAGUUUUCUCAGUGAUGAGACUGCUAGCAGUGACUCACAUGAUGAGGACAGACCGGGAACUAGUGCUCCAUCAACAUCAUGUCAAGACAGUGAGAGGAGACGGGCAGCCUCCAUCGGAGCAGCUAUGUCUUCUGACAAGGGUAGAGAUAGGGGAGUUUCAUUUGAUUCAACCAUAAGUGAAGAUGGUCUGACUCACGAGGCAACCAUUUGUGAAAGAGUGCAGAAUAAUGGGGAUGGUGACCUGGAGAAAAGACUGAAGGAGGACAAGGAGAAAGCGAUUGCUGUGUUGAAAAGAGUUCAUCCCAGUAGGUUACUUUUCAAAGCAGCAGAAUGGAAGAGUCUUCCUCUUAUGGCUGCAUCACUUGCAGAAGGUGCCAAAGUGAACUGGGUAAAUGAGGAAGAUGAACGAAAAACAGCACUUCACCAGUCUGUCUUAGGGGGAUCAUUACCAGCUUGUGAGUUCCUUUUACAAAAUGGAGCUAAAAUAAACCAGAAAGACAAGAGGGGAAGAGGUGCACUUCAUCAUGCAGCACUUCUUGGGCAGACAGGUCCUAUCCUCUUGUUCCUGAAGCGAGGAGGUAACCAGCAUGAUGUUGAUGAGAAUGGAGAGGACCCUCUUACAAUUGCACUAAAACAAACAAAUGCAGAUAUUGUUACUCUGUUGAGACUGGCAAGACUGAAUGAAGAAAUGAGAGAAGAUAAUGAGAUUGCCCAGGGUGAUGUUACAUUCAAUGAUGUGUUCAGAGAUUUUUCUAAUAUGGCAUCCAGAGACCCUGACAGGCUUAAACGCAAUUUUGAUUCAAGUGGACCAAGUAGACAGACACAACUGUGAUAACAAAAUCAAUUUGUUCCACCUUAAAUUGAAAACAAAUAUUUGAGGUCACUUCACAUCAAAAUGUUUCAUUCCUCAAAAAUAAGCAAACAAAUUCUCAUUUCAUCGAAGAAACCAAUUUGAAUAUUCACUCUAGAUUUAAUCUUACCACAAACACAAAAGGAGUAAAACAUUAUUUCCAAUUUAUGUUUAGUUUUGUAGUAAUUUGCACCAAUCAGGAAUUAAUGUUCACACUGACAAUAUUACUAACUGUCAUGUAAUGUAAGAAAACUGAACUGUACAAUUAACAUAUUUUUUAUUCAUUAGGAAUUUAAAAUUAUCCCCAUGAUAAUAACAGCAUCGUUUAGAACAGAGAAUAGAAUCUUGCACUGAAUAACUUAAGGAAAGAAAACAUAUCAGUAAAUCAUUGUUAAAAAAAAAUAAUGAAAUUUGUAAAUAAAAUUUCCCCUAUGACAACUGAAUGGAAGGAAGGACAUCAAUGUUUAAUGAAGAGUUGACUGUAUGAAUACUAUGGUCAAAAAGUCAAAGUUGAACAUGAUUAUAUUAAUAUUACAAUGCUCAGUUAUGAAAAAUUGUACAGACUAGCUAGUAUUGAAUCAUUAUUUAGUUGAUUUUGACCAGACUAAGUGGUAUCCUCCAUUAGAUUGAUAUUGAUUUAAAAAAAUAAAAACAGAGUGGUCUCUGCCUUUUUGUUUGAA